AUUCCUUCCAAGCUGAAGAAUGGAACGAUUCUUAGUGAUGAUGGUCGUGUGUUUGCUUGCUGAUCUAUCUGAAUGCAAGGCUGGAGACAAGGUCAAUGAGAUCACUGAGCUGGCAGAGAAGGAUGCUGUCCAGAAUUUCAACCAAGGGCAAGAAACACCAUACAUUUUGACAACAAACUCAACAGAAAAUCUCCCAAGUUGUGACCCACCCAUCUAUACAGCACUGAAGGAGCUGGGGGCUCUUGAAGAAAGGCUUAAAGCGACUGUGAGAGCCCUGGAGGAAACAAACAAAAAGCUUGACGCCAGUGAGAAGAGGCUGUCUGCACUUGACAGCAUGGUAACUGAACUAAGUACAGGACAGGCAAUGCCUCGGGUUGCAUUUUCUGUUGCAUUACCAAUAGAUGGCACAGUUGGUCCUGUAGAUGUUCUUUACUCGCUGGUGUACAGACAUGUUCUGUCCAACAUUGGAGGACAUUACAGCCCACACACAGGUUAUUUUACAGCACCAGUGCAAGGAAUCUAUUAUGUCACCUUCACUUCCUUCUGCUGGGGAGCAAGUACUGGACAGUGUGGCGGCAGUUUGUACCAAAAUGGAAACCAUAUACUGUCAUGGUAUGGCCAUAGUGAAAAUCACCCUACCUCUGGAUCUAACAGUGCUAUCUUGCUGCUACAAGUUGGAGACAAGAUCAAUGUCCGUCUUUGGCGUAAUCACAGGCUCAGUGAUAAUAUAAAUAAGUACUCCUCAUUCAGUGGAUUUUUGCUUUUCCCAGUGUGAAUUGUAUGUUGUGACUUUUAAUCACAACACACAAGAUUACACAAUUCCAAAAUGUGAUGUGACUUUCUCUUUAAAACAAUUAUUUUAUUUUAUUUUAAUUGAUUUAUUUAUUUAUUUUAAAUAAACUUGUAUAUUCUCUAUAUUCUAAUUAGUACUCAUAUGAUUGCCACCAUUUCCCUUUACCCCUAAAUCAUGAUGCACCACAGAAAUCAUGAUCUCAUUUACAACUAGUUCUUUUAUUUACAGUGUUAAGAAAGGCGUACUCUCUGUAAAAUUAUCAAUAAAGGGGUAUCAAUUGUAAUGUGACAUUGCCUCUGUUUUUUU